GGUCAGCUGAUCAUUUACCUCAGUGACUAGCAGCCUGUCAAUUUCAAGCUAGCACGCAACGUAACGGUUCUACUCUGAAUCACUGAGCAACCCACAAUCCCAAAGAUGGCUGACACCAACGAACAAAGUCCUCCUCCUCCUCCUCCUCCACAGCUAGGGCCUGUGCAAUUUUUAAUGAGUAACAAGCUAGAAACUGCAAUGUGGCUUUCACGGCUCUUCACUGUCUACUGCUCCGUAAUGUUUAUUCUACCGAUUUUAGGACCCUAUGCAGCAGCUAACUUCUAUCAGCGAGCCUUGUUAGCGAACGCCCUCACCAGUGCCCUUCGCUUACAUCAAAGGCUUCCACGCUUUCAGCUGAGCAGAGCCUUCCUGGCCCAGGCUCUUCAGGAGGACAGCUGUCAUUACCUGCUCUACUCACUCAUCCUGGUCAACUCCCACCCCAUCACAAUGAGCAUAUUCCCAGUCUUCCUCUUCUCAGUGCUUCACGCAACUACCUACACAAAGAAAGUCCUGGAUUCCGUGGGCCCCAGCAGCCUGAUGUUCAUCAGAAACCUUUUGGACAAACUUACAUCUAACCAGCAGAACAUCCUGAAGUUUAUUGCCUGCAAUGAGAUUUUCUUGAUGCCAGCCACUGCUUUUCUGCUCUUCAGUGGCCAGGGGAGCUUGCUGCUGCCUUUUAUUUACUACCGAUUCCUCACCCUCCGCUACACAUCCAGAAGAAACCCAUACUGCCGCACCUUGUUCACGGAGCUGCGGAUCCUCAUGGAGCAUUUCAUCAUGAAGCCCGCCUGCCCCGCCUUCUUCAGGAAGGCGUGCCUCAGCAGCAUCGCAUUCAUCAGCCGCCUCGCCCCCACGGGGGUCUGAUCACGCUCCAUAGAAGUUUUGUUUUCUUUAUGUUUAGUUUUUCCACCAUUUUAAGAUGUGACUUAAACUUUGAUGAGGACAGACGUUGCCAUCAACAGAAGGAACUGUUUUUUGAAUGUCAACUUUACACUCUUUGCUCCAACUUCUCUGUAUGUUGGAGUACAGUUGAAGAGCAGCCAGUAAUGCACUGAAGUCUCAUGGUGAUGUUCCUUUCCCCAUCUUCUUAAUGUGACCUCAUUCGGGCGGUGGACACCCUCACUAUGUUACGUUCACUGGAUGCAGCUCAGUUGUCAUCAGCUGUAACGUGAUGUACCGGCUGUUAUCUUUGUUUCCUUUUUAUGUCCUUAUUUAUUCAUGAAAAUCGCUUAUUAUAUGAUGAAACAUUAACAUUCUGAGAUUAGUAACUUAAAUUAAAAUAAGCUUAUACAUUAAUAAUAAUUUUUUUAAUGAUCAUGAUGUGCUUGGUUGAAUGGAGUUUGUGUGCAGCUUCUACACGGUCCAAUUUCUUUUUGUAUGUGCAAAGCAUCCAAGGCUCUGAUUUGACUAAAUGCCUAACUUUAAGUGUAUCCUAUCAACUAACUGUUUUUAACAACUUGAAAGUCUAUGUAGGUAUGAUGUUGAUUUGAGAAACAAGAUAUCUGCUGUAUUUUAUAGAAUAUUUUAAGGUACCAAGCAUUUUGCGGUAGGAUUGAUAGAUGAAAGGAUUAGCACGAUGCCUGUCAUGUUUUGAAUGCAUUCUCACCUUGUUUCUCAGUCUGAUAUCUCUUUUCAUAUUGCUUCAUUUAUUUGUUGCUAUGUAGUUUGUAUUUUAUUUUUUUGCAUAACGCAUGCUCUGAUUUCUUUGUCUGCCAUGUUAAAUGUGUUCAUUUGCCUACAGACAAACCACGUUUUUAUGACAAGAAUAAAAUGAUCUCUUAAUUAAACCAAUAAAAUAUUAAAGAACAGC